AUGGCCUUCAUUGCAGGUCUAUCAGCGAAAUCAAUAACCCCAGGUGAGGUUCAACUCGCCGUGACCACCCAUGGACAUCCUGAUCACUUUGGUCAGGGCAAUUUCUUUCCAAACGCUCGUCACUUCUUCGGAAGUUAUGAAUACGUUGAUGAUGUUUAUAUUAAGACCGAACUAGAUGUGAAUGACACUAUGAAGCUCACAAAUAAUGUGGAGCUAUGGAACACUCCUGGUCACACGGCUCAGGAUAUUUCUGUGAUCGUCAGUAAAGUACCAUGCUGUGGUAUUGUGGCUGUUGUAGGUAAGGUACUCCAUUAUACUUUGGUUUCCCAUAUUGGGUUUAGCUAG